UGUGAAGCGUGUUUUUACAAUCAGUUUCUGGGCUCGUGCGCUCGCGCUCAACUCUCUCUCUCUCUCUCUCUCUCUCUCUCUCUCUCUCUCACACACACACACACACACACACGCAGAGACACACACGCGUGCGCGCGCUCUCACACUCUCAGCUCACACUCGAGCGGGUUGGAGGAGCUGCGCCGCGCGACUCUCCGGGACGAAAAGGAGGCUAAACCGAACGGCGUUCUCUCCGUCUUCUCUUCUCCUCUCCUGCUCCUCUUCUCUCACUCGUACACGCGCGCUGGUGCUGGUGGGCUCGCGGGGCUGGAGGAGGUGAGGCGAUGGCGCGCGGGACGGAGCUGCUGCUGCUGGGACUGGCAGUAGUGGUGGGAAGUGUGGAGGUCCAGAGAGAGCGAGAGCACGGGGUUUCCUACACAACGCUUCAGGGAGCAGCGCAGGCUGAUGAUGUUACAGUGGAGGUGUUGAGAAGGAAACGGUGGCUUGUGUCAGAGCCCCGUCCAAUGACCAAUAACAGAGCCAGUCUGGAGAGUGCAGAGGAUUUACCUGGAGUGCUGGACGACAGUGAAGCAGACAACAGCUCCCAGAUAGAGGAGGACACAGAUCACAACUACUACACGUCUAAAACCUACGGCCCCAAUGACCCCAUGAGCAAAGAAUUAUGGGUAAACAUCGAUCAGAUGGACAAGGAGAAAGUGAAGAUCCACGGAAUCUUGUCCAACACACACAGACAAGCAGCGCGGGUCAACCUGUCGUUUGACUUCCCCUUUUAUGGCCAUUUUCUGAGGGAGAUCACCGUGGCAACAGGCGGCUUCAUCUACACUGGAGACGUCGUACACAGAAUGCUGACAGCCACACAGUACAUCGCGCCACUUAUGGCAAACUUUGAUCCAAGUCUAUCCCGAAAUUCAACCGUCAUUUACUUUGACAAUGGGACUGCACUGGUGGUUCAGUGGGAUCAUGUUCACCUUCAGGAUUCAUACAGUCUGGGCAGCUUCACCUUCCAGGCUACGCUGCACAACGACGGCAGAAUCAUCUUCGCCUACAAGGAGGUUCCAAUUCAAAUCACUAAGAUCAGCUCCGUCAAUCAUCCGGUGAAAGUGGGGCUUUCUGAUGCCUUCGUGGUGGUCCACAGAAUCCAGCAGAUACCCAAUGUUCGGAGGAAGACCAUCUACGAGUAUCAUCGUGUGGAGCUGCUCAAGAACAAAAUCACAAACAGCACAGCUGUGGAGAUGAUGCCUUUGCCCACCUGUCUGCAAUUCACAAGCUGUUCCUCUUGCAUCGCUGCAGAGAUCAACUUCAACUGCAGCUGGUGCCACCGGCUCAACAGAUGUUCCAGUGGCUUUGAUCGCCAUCGGCAGGACUGGGUUGACAACAGCUGCCCAGAUGAGACGAAGGAUAACACGUGUGACAUCAGCACCACUCAGUUCCAGUCCUCCACCGCAGCAUCAGUGACCAAAGCAACCACCAGAAACAGAGCAGCUACGGAAGCAGACUCCACCCAGACCACCUCACACGGCCCUACCAGCGCACCUACCGAAGAUGACACCAAGAUUGCUCUUCAUCUCAAAGACAAUGGAGCUGCGGCAGCAGAGAGUACAGCAGAGCGUGACACACACCCUCUUCACACAGGCCUGAUUCUGGGAAUGCUGCUGCUGAUGCUGGUGAUGAUGGCUGUUGUCCUGGUGACCGUCUACAUUUACCACCAUCCCAGCUCCGCCGCCGGCAUCUUCUUCAUUGAGCGACGGCCCAGCCGGUGGCCUGCGAUGAAGUUCCGUCGUGGUUCAGGUUAUCCAGCAUAUGCCGAGGUGGAGCCUGUAGGGCAGGAAAAGGAGGGCUUCAUUGAGUCUGAGCAGUGCUGAGGUCUCAACAUUUGACCUUAUGGGCCCACACACUGCCCUGCUUCCUCUUCAAAUUCACUCGUCCAAUUAACAACUGAAAUUUCCCCAUUUCAUCUUCCCCCCAAAUAUGAAACAACAGUAUGGAGCUAAAAUGGUUCCUGAGGAAGUGACAGAAGCAUUUAGUCUGUUUCAAUAGCUUGAAUAUAAAACGAGCCCCGACUGGAUCAGACAGAGAAGGUUUGGCCCUCAUUUUUGAACUGCAGGCUGAGAUCUUACCAAGGAACUGCACUCCAAGCCUCGACCCCACUGGAACACAUUCUGAUCUUGGAGCAGAUGAACAGAGCGCAGUUUGAAGUGUCACGUUCCAAUCGGAUAUGUCCAUUCCUUUCAUCACAGGAAAAUCUUUCGACGAUGUCCAUAAACCACUUUAAAAGGCCAAUCAGAGAUGUACAUCUCCAAUUUAUGGUUAGGAGAACUUAUUUAGAGCUUUCUAUAUCUUUGAAAUGGGUUUCUGGGUGUUAUGCUUUCACAUUGAUGUUUACGUUUUGUUUUUUUUUUUUCUGUUUGAAUUCUCAGUUUGAAUUUCAGUUUUUGGAGGGAAAGGUAUGAAGCCUUUAGUACACAGAUUUUCUUGCUUACAUUUUUAAUGCAGUUGCUGACGAAAAAAAAAUUGUGCUUUCAAUUUCUGCUACAACUGGGAAAGGUUUGCUUACUGUAACCAAUCCAAUCUGCCAACAGUACAGUACUGCUCAACUUUUCCAUGCCUAGAGCCGAACCACAUUUUACAUUUUUUGCACAGAUCCUUUUAAUGCACAUAUAUUAUUUUUUUAUUUGUUUAGGAGUUCUUUGUGUUACUAAUGCAAAAAGUUACAAGACAGGCGCUUGUGAGAUUGUGUAUCUUUGUGUCUUGUAUGUGUAUAAAUGUGUGUGAUCUUAUGUUUGGAUGCAUUUCCUUUUUUUUCUUCUUUGUUUUGAUUUAUAUUUAGGACAGAUUGCGUUCAUUUGUAAUACGAGACACUAAUUGGACAUUUUUGCAUUUCUUCUGCAGAUGUUACUAGUUUUGAAACUAAUUCCACCACUUUGAAUUCAUAUUCAAAUGCUUUAAUGCAAGAAAAUGUCCUGAAACAGACGUGCCAGUGACCACUCCAGUGAGAAUAUAUCUUUGAUAUAUGUCUAUAUGUAACUAUAUAUAUACAUAUGUAAGCCUGGCGAUGUUGAAAUAUUAUGUUUCCAAAUUCUAACAGUGUUCUUAUUACGCUGCUGGAGUGUUUAUAGGGACUGAAAGAUUGUAAAAGCCUUCAAGUUCAUCAUUUGUGUAGUCUAGACUUUACUACUUCAAGGUACUAAUGGGGACUGAAUUCCAAUAAUUUUUGCAGUCAUUUUCAAGAGCAAUAUCUUAUUAUAAACUGUAACGUGACAGUUUUAAUACGUCUCACUUCAUUCAUAUAAUCAACUAUAGUCAUAGCACAUACUACUAACACGUAUUGAAAUAAUUUGCAAGUGUUUGGGUAUUAUAAAGACCAAAGACCCCGAUGGUAUCGCUGCAUCAGAACUACUGUUUACCUUAUUAUCUUUCUCUGAUACACACACACACACAAACAGAGACUCUAAUUAUGUCCAGAAAUGAAUAUGAUGGAUAGAUAGAGGAAUAAAAAGUUGUCUGUAAACAAAAAGAGUUCAGAUGCCCACAAAAAUUCUAUAGGUCUAUAUUUUUUUAGCCAUGAAAUGUAGACCCGCCUGUCAAUGGUCAACCACAGCCACCAGAGGAAACUGAAUGCACAAUUUAUUUGAUUAAGUAAUAUCUGCAAAGACAGCUUGCUCUGCUUUGCAGUUGUUAUUUCUAUUUCUUUGUUUUUAUUUUUUUGUUUAUCACCUUUUUCACUCAUCUGAUUAAUUCCACCCAACCUUAACUCUGUGAGUGUGUGUGUGUGUGAGUGCACCUGACAUUAAAUCCUCAAGUGGAUGACUGUUUUGUGAAAUAAUCACAAAACAACAAACGUUUGACAGACGAGGACAAUGUUGCGCUCAUCGGCAGAAUUGGCUCUCAACUGGAGGCACAUUUGGAUUUUUGAUAAUCAUGUCAUGAGAGUCACGACCUGCUGAGAGCUGCUGAAUGACACGCCGCUGUAACUCUGCGUGCUCCUCUGUAACUACUGUCAUUUUGAUUACAUUUUAAAGUAAUAAAGUUGUUUAAACAAGGUU